CAGCCUGCCACAGGCCCGCCGCAGGCCCAGCGCGCCACCAUGGUGCUACAGCGCCCGCCACCGCGGGGACCGCUGCAGCAGCACAGGCGACCCAGGCGGGACGGGGACGGACGCCGGGGCCUACGGGUAGUGGGCCCGUGAACCCCCGCGUCCCGACUCCCCCUCCUUGCCGGACCAUGCGCGCCCCCAGCCGCCCCGGAGGCUGAGCCCGUCGCCCCGCUCCGCCGUCGCCCUCCCGGCCGCCCCCCAUGGCCUUGCCGGGCUCCGAGGGCGCGGCUGACAGGCCGGUGUCCCCGGUCCGGGGCGCCCCCGCCGGCUCCGCGUCGUCGUCGUCCGCCUCCUCCGGCGGCUCGGCCUCCGCCCCGGCCGCGGCGGGAGCGGGGCUGUGGGCCGCUCUGUACGACUACGAGGCGCGCGGCGAGGACGAGCUGAGCCUGCGGCGCGGCCAGCUGGUGGAGGUGCUGUCCCAGGACGCCUCCGUGUCGGGCGACGAGGGCUGGUGGGCCGGCCAGGUGCAGCGGCGCCUGGGCAUCUUCCCCGCCAACUACGUGGCGCCGUGCCGCCCGGCCGCCAGCCCCGCGCCGCCGCCGCCGCCGCCGCGGCCCGGCUCGCCGGUGCACAUCGACUUCGAGCGGCUGGAGCUCAAGGAGCUCAUCGGCGCCGGCGGCUUCGGGCAGGUGUACCGCGCCACCUGGCAGGGCCAGGAGGUGGCGGUGAAGGCGGCGCGGCGCGACCCGGAGCAGGACGCGGCGGCGGCGGCCGAGAGCGUGCGGCGGGAGGCGAGGCUCUUCGCCAUGCUGCGGCACCCCAACAUCAUCGAGCUGCGCGGCGUGUGCCUGCAGCAGCCGCACCUCUGCCUGGUGCUCGAGUUCGCCCGCGGCGGAGCGCUCAACCGCGCGCUGGCCGCCGCCAACGCUGCCCCGGACCCGCGCGCGCCCGGUGCGCGCCGCGCGCGCCGCAUCCCCCCGCACGUGCUGGUCAACUGGGCUGUGCAGAUCGCGCGGGGCAUGCUGUACCUGCACGAGGAGGCCGUCGUGUCCAUCCUGCACCGGGACCUCAAGUCCAGCAACAUUUUGCUGCUCGAGAAGAUAGAGCAUGACAACAUCUGCAAUAAAACGUUGAAGAUCACAGACUUUGGCUUAGCGAGAGAAUGGCACAGGACCACCAAAAUGAGCGCCGCGGGCACUUACGCUUGGAUGGCCCCGGAAGUCAUCAAGUCCUCCUUGUUUUCUAAGGGAAGUGACAUCUGGAGCUAUGGAGUCCUGCUGUGGGAGCUGCUCACGGGAGAAGUCCCCUACCGUGGCAUCGAUGGGCUUGCCGUGGCUUACGGAGUAGCCGUCAAUAAGCUCACUUUGCCCAUUCCUUCUACCUGCCCUGAGCCGUUUGCCAAGCUCAUGAAAGAGUGCUGGCAGCAAGACCCUCACAUUCGUCCAUCAUUUCCCUUAAUCCUUGAACAACUGACUGCUAUUGAAAAGGCAGUUAUGACUGAUCUGCCUCAGGAAUCUUUUCAUUCCAUGCAAGAUGACUGGAAGCUAGAAAUUCAGCAAAUGUUUGAUGAACUGAGAACAAAGGAAAAGGAGCUGCGGUCCCGCGAGGAGGAGCUGACCCGGGCCGCCCUCCAGCAGAAGUCCCAGGAGGCGCUACUCAAGCGGCGGGAGCAGCAGCUGGCCGAGCGGGAGAUCGACGUGCUGGAGCGGGAGCUCAACAUUUUGAUCUUCCAGUUAAACCAGGAGAAGCCCAACGUCAAAAAGAGGAAGGGAAAGUUCAGGCGGAGUCGGUUAAAGCUCAAAGACGGACAUCGCAUCAGCUUACCUUCAGAUUUCCAGCAUAAAAUCACCGUGCAGGCCUCUCCCAACUUGGACAAACGGAGGAGCUUGAACAGCAAUGGUUCCAGUCCGCCUAGUAGCCCCACGGUGAUUCCUCGGCUUCGAGCGAUACAGCUGACUUCGGAUGAAAGCAACAAAACUUGGGGAAGGAACACUGUCUGUCGACAAGAAGAGUUUGAAGAUGUGAAAAGGAGUUUCAAGAAAAAAGGUUGUACCUGGGGACCAAAUUCAAUUCAAAUGAAAGAAAAAACUGAGUGCAAAGAAAGAAUAAGACCUCUCUCAGACGGCAACAGUCCUUGGUCAACUCUCUUACUAAAGAAUCAGAAAACCAUGCCGUUGGCUUCGUUAUUUGUGGACCAGCCAGGUGUUUCUGAAGAGCCAAAACUUUCCCUGGACGGAUCAGAACACCGAAAACCAAAGCAAAUAAAAUCACCUAGUCAAGCCUAUGUGGAUCUACCUCUUUGGAAAGAUGGCCAGAGAGAGAAUCCAGUGGAACCUGGAAGCUGGGAGGAGGGAUUCUCCACGAACCCUGCUGCUGUCACUCCUCAGGGGACCCCUACGAAUAGCCUGGGCAGAUCCCCCCAGAGAAAGAAGACAGAGUCUGCCCUGUAUGGCUGCACCAUGCUGCUGGCGUCCGUGGCUCUGGGGCUGGAUAUCAGAGAGCUCAAUAAAACACAGGCUGCUGAGGAACCAUUGCCCAAAGAAGAAAGGAAGAAACGCGAGGGAAUCUUCCAGCGGGCUCCCAAGUCCCGAGGCAGUGCAAGUCCUUCUACAAGGCCACCGUCUACAGGCGAGGGGGCCGGCAACCCACCCGUCUUCCCUCCAACAAGUGCCCUGAGCCUUCUGUCCAUGCCCUCUCUCUCCACAAAGUGCUUGCUCCAGACCGACGGUGAAGAUGCGUCUGAGGGCAGCACCCACAUCACCUGUGACCCUGAGAUGCCCACUCCAGAUUUCUGCCCUGCCGUUGGGGGAGGGAGUCACAGACCGCCUUCCACGCCAAGACUCAAGACUGAUCAGAGGAUGUGGAAAAACCUGCCUCCUCCUUUCUUAGAGCCGACAUGUGGGAAUGUGCCUUAUUACCCUUCUUCGAAAGAACAAGCAUUGCAUCACAGACGCACCCAGUCUGAUGGAAACGCUUCUCAGACCCCAGCAGCUGGGACAACUCUCCUACCAGCCACCGGAGCCUCUUACCUGCCACCUGAGCGGGUUCUGGGGAUCCCCCACCUCUCACAUGGGCCUCACGGUAACCUGCCAAAGGAGGCCCCGCCCGAAAAACAAAGAGCGGUCAGCAUCAUGCCUCUGCCUCGCCCUCCCUCCUCCAGGAGCCGAACAGAGUCUCAGCCCACACGGGCCGACUCUGCCAUGCGUGGUCCGGGACCCACUGCUAACUGUUCCCUCGGUGCCCAGGAGAGAACUAAACCCCAUGUGCCUUCCCUACUGGACGCAGAUGCCGAAGGCCAAAGCAGGGACUGCACGGUGCCUUUGUGCAGGAUGAAGAGCAGAACUAGCCGACCAUCCAUAUAUCAACUGGAGAAAGAAUUUCUGUCUUAAGUGCCUUACUUUGUUUGAGCCUUUUUUUUUUAAGGUGAACAAAUUAAAACAAUGUGUCUACCUUUGAACUGUUUCAUGCUGCUGUGUUUUCAAAAGCUGUGGCCAUGUUACUAAAAGUAGUAAUGGAUGUCAACCUUUGCAGAAAAAUAUAUGUGAUUGCUCUUAGCGGUCUGUAUCAUUUUUCCCCCACUGGAUUCUUACCUAGUAACCUGAAACACACACACACACACACACACACACACACACACACAAAACAAGAAAUGUGCAACAAUGUAAAACUAUGCUGGGCAGAGUUACCUUGAGCAUAAUUUUAAUGCUUUCUCUGUCCUCAUGUAUAUCCUUGUCUAUAACACCCAAAUUGUAAUGAAGUGUACCCUUUUUGUCCCUUCCCCUUCAUUUUCUUCCUGUUUGCCUUCUCUCUUUGCUCUUUUUCAUCUCUUUCUUGUUAUUUGUGCAACAACACAACAGGAAUAGUGUGAUAUUAGUAAGUAAAGGUAUCUAUUUAAAGAGAUAUAUUGAAGACUGGAAUAGACAGAGGGUCCCAAUGAAAUCCCCUGAACUCAACAUAGGCUUGUAAUGUAUAGAUCUGCCCAGAUCUCACAUAAAUUAUGUAAUAUUUCUCUCUUUGAGGAAACCUAACUGAAUGUAACUUGCAAACGUUGUACAGAAUGUAACUUUAAAAAAUUUCUUAUCCAUUAGAACCCCAAGACAGAUUUUUAAAAGGUCAGUCAUUGGCAUUUGGCUAGGACCACAUGAUGUCCACCUGAGCGAGGCCAAGCUGUAGCUCUUACGGUAGAAAAGUUUCUUCUUCCAUCAGUCACCACGUAGUUGGUGUCCAGAGUGUAAAGCUUUUCCAUUUUGUAGUAGGAUUUUUAAAAAUUAAGUGGUGACUUGUAUAUCACGUGUCAGAAACAGUCAUGUCACUUAAUUUUAUUUUUCUGUUUAAAUAUGUGAUUAUUCUGAUAACCCCCAGUAUAGUCAGAAGAACCACCAAAUCAAGAAGCAGCAAGCAGCAUUGUUAGAAUUUAAGUAUUGCAUAGUUAUCUCAUGUUUUAGUGGUUGUGGAUAAAUGGUAGAUAGACAUCAAAAGAUAAGCUGAUAAUGGUACAAAUGACAAAUACAGAUUAUUUUCAGAUAGGGGUUUUUUAAUGGAUUUGGGGUAGCAGAUCAGGAUUUUAAAUGAUUUUAAAUGGAGUCACUUUUAUAAAAUACUACAUCUAUGAUACAAAUAGACUGUUGAGUUAUUAAACUACAGAAAAGACUAUCCAGGAGCUUGUAUAUUUGUCUGGGUUUCUUUUAGUACAUUCAUUAUGCUUCCCUUCCAUCACUAGAAUGUGACUAUUUGGGAUGACAAUAAAUACUUAAAAUUUUGCAUACAAUGAAACACUAAAUUGCAAACAUCACUUGAUAUUUCAUUUAAAAUUUUACCUGGGUCACGGUUUACCCGGUAACUGUAAUGACAGAAGUUUAAAUCAGCUGUGAUAAAAUAUCCACCUAGAGCAGAAAAAAAGAAAAUGGUAUUUGGCCAUUUGGGAACAUCAUAGUCACUUGGCAGGUAUGCCCCAGCAGACGGUCAACAGAGCAUGAAAGGAUUAUAAUAAUCUAAGUGCACUUAACCCUAAGGAAAACAUUCUUGUGUUUAAAAUUCUUGCAGCAAAAUCUCAGGUGUUUAUCCACAUUUUGUUGUAUUAUGGUCCAUUCUAUGAUUUGGCUUCACUUUUGGGAGGUGGUUGAAAUACGUAAUCAAAAUUGGGUUUCCUCAAGACUUCAUCACAUUUGAAACUGUGGUUGGCUGCUUCGUAGUCAGUCAUUUGGGGGCAUGUAAUUUCCAGCUAAAAGUAAAGGAAAUACAUGCCUGAAAUAGUACAUGAAAAAAAGCAUAGAAACUCUGUUCUCAGUUUUGCUUCUGCCAAAACAUUAUGUGUGUGCACAUGUUUGUGUGUGUGUGUGUGAGUAAGGGGUGAAGGGCAGUGGCAGGUGUCCUGUCUUUUCCUUCUACUCUGUUCCUGCUCCCAUCUAGCUUCAUUGCAGUCAACUUUACAUCACGAUGAAUUUAGAAGUGAAGAUACGUUAAAGAGAUAAUUGCGAUACGAGGAUUUAAUGUCACAUUACUGCAAAGAGUUGGUUUUUGCUGAGAUCUGUUGUAUAUUUACGAUUUUCUGUAUGUGUCUUUGUUAUACUUAGCAGAAUCUGGUUAUUUAUUUUCAUAUAGACUUAAUAGCUCAUUGAAAGAGAAAUUAAGCUGAUUACUAUUAGUCAACAUUUAAGGUGCUCCCACUGCAGAAAUUUAAGGCCUGAGCCUGAAAUGCUGUAUUAUGAAGCCUUGUGACUGAAAAAGAUGUUUACAUAUGUUGUCUAUUUUUUUAAUAAACUUUUUUUUUAUAGCUA